AUGUUUCAGAGACUGCGAAAACACGGCUGCAACGUUGAUGCUAUGAUAGAAAUCCCAACGGCUGAACUGGAGAAACUUUUGUGUCCAGUAGGAUUUUACAAGAAGAAAGCAGUUUUCGUCAAGAAGGCGGCAGAGGUACUCAAGGAGAAGUAUGACAGUGAUGUUCCAGACAAUAUUGAAGAUCUUUGUUCAUUAGCUGGAGUUGGCCCAAAAAUGGCUCAUCUUGUUUUACAAAUCGCGUGGAACAAAGUUGAAGGCAUAGCGGUGGACACUCAUGUGCACCGGAUAGUGAAUCGUCUAGGCUGGAUGAAAACAAGCACACCAGAGCAAACCCGAGUCAAGCUUCAAGAAAUGCUGCCAAGAUCUCACUGGACAACCAUAAAUCCUCUUCUUGUUGGCUUUGGACAACAAAUAUGUCUUCCGAUUGGGCCAAAAUGUGGUUCAUGUCUUUGUCAGGAUAUAUGCCCUUCAUUUACAGUGAAAACGGAGAAGUCAGUGAAGAAGAAGAAGAAGAUCGAAAUCCAGGAACGAACCGAAGUGGAAUGA